AUGGCCCCGGGGCUCAGUCCUUCCCCACCAGUUGUGGUUCUGCUCCUGGCCCUGCUGGGUCUGGCUACUGCUGGGAAGCUCCUGGUGGUGCAAGUGGAUGGGAGCCCAUGGCUCAGCGUUCAGGAAGUGCUGAACACACUGAGGCAGAAGGGACACGAGGUGGUUGUGCUGGCACCUGAAGUCUCCGUGCACAUCAAGCCAUCUGAGAACUAUGAGAUGAAAAUAUACUCAGUCCCCUUCACAAAGGAAGAUCUCGAGAAAGAUAUGAAGGCGUAUUUUCGUGUUUUAUUUGAAGAAGGAUCUUUUUUUGAAAGAUUUUUUAAAGUAUUUGAAAGUACGAAAAGACUCACUGAUUUUUGGAUCUCCAGCUGUGAACAGCUCUUGCAAAACAAAGAGCUCAUCAGGUACCUUGAGGAGAACAAGUUUGAUGCUGUCUUUACAGACGCUUUCCUACCCUGUGGGGCAAUCUUGGCAGAGCAUCUUUCAAUUCCUACCAUAUUUUUCUAUAGAUUAACACCAUGUGAGUUAGAAUUUGAAGCCACUCAGUGUCCCAGUCCUCCUUCCUAUGUGCCCAGGACAUUUUCAGACAAUGCAGACCACAUGACCUUUCUCCAGCGAGUGAUGAAUCUGCUCUACGACAUCCCUAAUAUUUUUCUCUGUGAUUUUGCUAAUAAACCCUACUCAAAACUGGCUUCCGAGUUCCUGCAGCGGGAGGUGACUGUGCAGGAUCUCUUACGGAAGGGCUCUGUUUGGCUCUUCAGGUUAGAUUUUGUGCUUGACUAUCCAAGACCCGUGAUGCCCAACAUCAUUCCAAUUGGAGGACUGAACUGUUCUCCGAAGAAGCACAGAGAGCUGCCUGAGGGGUUCUCUGUUGUAACGAAACACCAGGGUCCUCUAGUGAGCAUGCACUAA